AUGAUGUUACUGUUUCGCAGCUCCUCACUGUCGCCUCGCAACAACUACGACGCCAAGAAUGAUACCAGUAAUCAAGCAGAAAAUAAAGAGAACACCCAGCAGAAGUGUGCAACAGUAUGUAGAUUUCAGAAGCCGCUGUCUACAGUAUAUAUCAAGAACAAGCAGAGGAACGCUGUUCCUGCUAACACGACUCGAAGUAAUAUAUGGGCGAUAAAUAUGUGGAAAGAAUGGGCCGAGAAUCGCAACCUGCAACCAGAAACUGCGUCGGAGCCGGGCUUUCCAAUUCCUCUGGAUAUCGGAAACUUUCAGUCUUACCUGGAAAUGGAAUUUUGGCUUAAACGCUUUAUUUGUGAAAUUAAGCGGAAAAACGGUGAACACUACCCGCCAGCAACUUUGCAAAAUAUUGCAGCAGGAAUUCAACGUUAUUUACGUACAGAGAAAUCGAUGCAUGAAAAUUUGUUUAAAACGGACGAUCCCACAUUCGCGGAAUUUCGAUAA